AUGCGGAGCAAGAAAGCAAGUAAUAGAAUCGAUGGAGAACGCUCUCGAAUCCGUUUCGUACCGCCGUUACUCGCAAUACUCGGAAGGUCCAUAAAAUUCUAUCACUGUUGCUCUCACAACCCAGCAUCCAAGUUCCUCGUGGCAAAAUCUCGAUUCACAAGAGCUCCAAAUGAAACAAGCAGUAAAGCAUGGUAUGGAUCCAUGUCAAAGACAAAGUGUAAAGUCAGCGUGCGCUUGUACGCUUCGAAGCCCAUGAUUGAGCGUUACUGCGUCUCUGUUUACAACAAUCUCGUCCUAGCGAAAAAUCAGCCCAGCCUCAUUUGGAGAUAUUUUCUGCGAUUUCUUUUCCUUCCAUCAUUGUUGAUGUUGUCAACAAAGGCUUUGCCAUUAGGUCGGUGCUUUUCGGCAACUGCUACAUCAUUUGCCAAAGUGAACACUGUGGCCAUAGUUGGUGCUGGUCUCAUGGGAUCAGGAAUUGCUCAGAUAACAGCCGCUGCAAAACUGAAUGUAUCAUUAGUGGACCAGUCCGAUGAAAUUCUGGAAAAGGCUCGAAAAACCAUCGACACAAACUUGAGACGAGUAGCCAAGAAGAAGCACGCUGAAGAUAAAACUAAGAAUAUUGAUGUGAAGUCGAAAACUUUCAGUGAAAUCGAGAAAAAAUUAGCUAAACCCUCAGCUAUUUUAACAACUAAUACGUCGUCAUUUCGCUUGGCUGACAUUGCUGUCAAUCUGAAAUCAAAAAGUCAAUUCGGUGGGCUUCAUUUCUUCAAUCCAGUGCCAGUUAUGAAACUCCUCGAGAUUGUACGUCACGAUGAGACGUCAAAGGAAACAUUCGAAACUCUCAUGGAGUAUGGUAAGGAUAUUGGGAAGAAGACGGUGGCGUGUAAGGUCAGUCUACGCUUUAUCCGCACAUAA